AUGUCUAAUUGUGAUCGUUGCUAUCGUCGCAAGGCAAAGUGCGACAAACUGAAACCAUGCGGAAACUGCAGCAGAGCAGGUGUUCCAUGUAUCUACCUAGAUCGUACAAAGGAGAAACGCUACAGCGCUGAUCAUGUGGAACGUCUUGAGCGGCGAAUACUACAGGCAGAAGCGCGUAACAAGACCCUGUCAGAUGAGCUCAGCAGAGCGAGAGCGGGCUCUGAUACGCAAGGGUCAACUGCAUCACCCGGGCUGGAACAGAGAGCAGUCGAAACCCUGUCUAAAGAUAUCGACGUCGUGACUGAGGUUUCAUUUCUAUCUACCAGUGCAGCCGGCGAACGCUUACCUUACCUGGGCUCCACCAGCGGAGUCCUGUUCGCUGAUCUGAUCCGUUCGAGCGUGGACGACACAUUCACACGGCCAAGCCGCGGGAAUCAUAGCUCAUCCAGCGGCGGCGUAGAGCACAAAGCCAAUCACUCUACUGCUUCAAGGCCAGAACCUGCCCAGAAACUUGAGGACCUGCCACCACAACAUAUUGCCCAAAGGCUACUGACAGCAUUCCUCGAGCAUGAUAACCUUGCGUAUCCGUUCAUCUCGCCUUUGUCCAUCAUUGAGACUGCGGAACGAAUAUAUACUGAAGAUGGCUACUACGCGUCCAAAGCCUCGCCGUACGAGGUCUUCGUCUUCAACAUGGUCUUGGCAAUCGCAAGCGCCCACGUAUCGAAGUUUGACUGGCAGAUGCUUUCGGGUGCUGAACUGUACCAGAGUAGAGCCUUCGCCAGGAUGGAUCAUGUUCUGUCCCACGGAAGUGUCGAAAGUUUGCAAUGUCUUCUCUUAAUCUUGAUCUGGCGUACAGGGAGCUCGGUGAAGGACAACUCUGCUAGCAUGUGGCAUACCGUUGGGAUCGCAGUCCGUAUGGUUCUGGAACUGGGUCUUCACCGGGAGUCGGCAUACGCAAUCAGGGAAACAAGCGAGCUAGACGUGACCAAAUUGCAAGCGUAUCGCCAACAAGAGCUGUCACGGCGGUGCUUUUGGUGUGUAGUCAGCAUGGACAGGAUUACGUCUAACAUUCUGGGCCGACCACUUGGCAUAGCGGACGAGGACAUCGACGCCGCGUUGCCAUCGGAAGCAAGCGAUGCUUUGCUGAGUCGCCCACUUGCCUCCACUAUUUCCGGCGUACAGCGCAUCGCAGUCUUCAACAGGAUCGUCAAAUAUCGCCUCUUUUGCGGCAAGCUGAUAGUCAACCUUCACCGUAAGCGGUCUGCUAAGUGCUCCAUCGAGGAGGCUCUUCGUUUGAGGGACGAUCUUAUGCGCGAGCUUGAUAUGUGGUAUACUGCUCUGCAGGACCUGCAAUUGCCAGACACAAUACCAACCAACACACGGGAGCAAUCUUGCUACCUUUCACCAACUUGGUACGAAGUACUGUACGCUAAUGCCACACUGAUGAUAUGGCGGCCUUGUCCGCUUCUCGCCGAUGCUCCACACGACAGACAUACACUGCAGCGCAUCUACGCUUCCGCAAUGCACGCUAUCAACACUUACGCUACUCUUCAUAAGAACCGCUCGAUCAACUACAGCUGGAUCACCCUACAAUCGGUCUUCAUGGCCGGCCUGUCGUACAUCUACGCUGUGUCGCGCCACGUGAGGGACAGGCACAACGCAGCUGCGGAUGCCUGCCUGCUCGAUAGAGACCCCAGCGCCAUCGACGUUGUGAACAUUACACGCGCCUGCUCCAACGUGCUAGUCGCAGUUGCGGAACGCUGGGAUACACAGCGGCACUGUCAUGAAGUAUUCGAUCGCCUUAGCGACGCAAUCCUCGCGGAUGUCAUCAAGCUGCAAACUACCGCGGCCUUUGCUCAACAGCUGUCGCCUUCCGUGGCUAGUCCUGCCGGUGGCAACUUGUCUGCCAUGACUCGAGGCAGCCCUGCAAGCUCACAGCAUCCAAGCCACAUCCCUCAAAUGCCGUCACCUAAUCAACUGAGCUACUGGAACACUGUGCAACACCAACCAUCCCACGACCACGGACCUCUCGACCCGUCGCCUCUGCAAGUCGACAAUGAAUUUUUACACUGCUUCGAUGACAUUCAGCAGCUGUACAGCUCCCAACAGCUCGAAGAGCCCAUUAUGCACCUGUCACAGGAGUGGCGGGGCUACCUCGGAGGCAAUGGGUUGCCCGAUGGGUAUGUCCCUACAGCUGCACAGACGCCGUUGCAAAUGACAGCCAACGGUCAAGCGCCAUACCAUCCGCAGGCAUUCGCAUCUUCGUUCAAUGUACCAUAG